AUGCGGACAGUGAGAUUGAGCUCCGCGGCUUUGGCCGUGGCCAGUCUCUGCCAACAAGCAUUCGCGAAGCUCGAUGCCGUAGACAGCAACGGAUUCCUCAUCCUCGAGAAUGAGCGUCUGCAUACGGCAGUAGACAAGAGCACUGGAAGAAUGAGCAACCUCACUCUCGACGGUGUCAAUUUGCUCGGUACAAAGUCAGGUUCAACAGGCCAGGGCCCAUACCUCGACUGCUACUGCAUCCCCUCUGGCUUCUGGACGCCCGGCAAGACGCAGGCCACGUUCGAGCUCUAUUCGGGGACUGACACGACAGGGGCCAAAUACGGCGGUAUCAAGAUGUCCGACACGUACACGCCUACGGGGCAGGUUCUUGAGCAGUACUGGUUCCUGAAGGAGGGCGAGACGGGACUGCACGUCUUCAGUCGACUCGCGUAUCACAACGCAACGCAUCCGUUCCUGAGGAACCUGCAGGAGUUCCGGACCUUGUUCAGGCCCAACACGCCGAUGUGGACGCAUCUGCUCACCAACGAGAGGCAGUACGCUCCUCUGCCUGGCGCUGCAGCUAAGAAAGCGCAAGUUGUUGUCCAGGACGCUACCUGGUACUUGGGCAACACUCCUGAUGACCCGUACGUCCAGCAGGAGUCGGACUACUUCACCAAGUAUACCUUCCAAGACACUUGGAGAGAUCACAAUGUGCAUGGCUUAUACGCCGACGGAUCCCAGACCUCAGACAAGUCGACUUGGGGGGCAUGGCUGGUCAUGAACACCAAGGACACCUACUUCGGUGGCCCGCUGCACUCUGAUCUCACUGUUGAUGGUAUCGUGUAUGACUACAUCGUCUCCAACCACCAUGGAGACCAGACGCCCAACAUCACAGAUGGCUUUGACAGGACUUUCGGCCCAUCGUAUUACUACUUCAACCACUUCCCUCCGGAGACGCCCAUGAUGACCCUCCACGACGAUGCCGCCAAGUACGCCGACCCGACCUGGAACGCCGACUUUUACGACAGCAUCGCCCAGCACGUCCCCAACUACGUGCCCUCUUCCGGCCGCACGACCUGGAAGCUGCACGUCGACCUGCCCGCCAACGCGAAGCGGCCCCUCGCCGUCCUGGCCCAGAACGGCGUCGACUUCCAGGACAACGUCCUCGACACCAAGGCCCUGCAGUACUGGGCCGACAUCGACGCCGACGGGUACGCCACGAUCCCGCGCGUCGCCGCGGGCACCUACCGCCUGACCAUCUACGCCGACGGCGUCUUUGGGCAGUACGUCAAGGACGACGUGCGGAUCGUCGCGGGGGAGGUGCACACGACGCACGCGCGGUGGCGCGAGGAGAGCGCCGGCGCCGAGAUCUUCCGCAUCGGCACCCCGGACAAGUCGAGCGGCGAGUUCCGCCACGGGUACGCGCCCGACGAGUCCAAGCCGCUGCGGCCGGAGCAGUACCGCAUCUACUGGGCCGCGUACGACUACCCGACCGACUUCCCGCACGGCGUGACCUUCAGGGUCGGCGAGAGCAAGGAGGCCGUGGACAUGAACUACGUGCACUGGAGCGUGUUUGGCGGCAAGGGCAACUCGGUGCGGCCGGAGCCGUUCUACGGCCAGGGCGAGGUCAACAACUGGACCCUCGUCUUUGACGUCGAGGAGGCGCAGGUGAGAAGGAAACGCAAGGCCACGUUCACGGUGCAGUUGGCGGGCGUCAAGACUGCUGCUGGCAACACGGACGUGUACAACGCGAGCGAGCCGUACUCCAACCUUGACUACAUUGUCAAUGUCAACGGUCAGGACUUGGAGCCGUGGACUAUUCCGUAUUACCAAUCCUCUUCGUGCGCCGUACGCUCGGCAGUCAUCUGCUACAAUGUGGCCAACAAGUUCACCUUUGACCCAAAACUACUGAAACCUGGCGAGAACAAAAUCAUCUUGAGCUUGCCCUACAAGGCCACAGACUACGAAAGUGCCGUUCUGACCGAGACUGUGUACGUGCAGUAUGAUGCACUGAGGCUGGAGAUCCAAUGA